GAAGAAAUUCAAAUUCUUUACUGUAGUUAUAUGCUGAGAAAGUGGCUGCUCGAGGACUCUGUGCUAUUGCUCAGUGUGAAUCCUUGCGUUACAAACUAAUUGGUGGACUGGCUGUGAGAAGAGCCUGUUAUGGUGUACUCCGUUUCAUCAUGGAGAGUGAAGCAAGAGGAUGUGAGGUUGUAGUGUCUGGAAAACUUCGUGGUCAGCGAGCCAAGUCUAUGAAGUUUGUUGAUGGCCUCAUGAUUCAUAGUGGAGAACCAACCAAUGACUAUGUUGAAACAGCAGUUCGUCAUGUUUUGCUAAGACAAGGUGUACUUGGUAUCAAGGUGAAAAUUAUGUUGCCAUGGGAUCGUAACGGCAAGAUUGGCCCUAAACGCCCUCUACCAGAUAAUGUCAGUAUAGUAAAUCCUAAGGAGGAAACUGUGCCUCAGCAGCCAUACAGUGAACAGAAAGGAGAGAAACCUGCAAUGCCAGCCGUUUAAACAUUAUAUUCAACAGAAUUUAUAGAAAAUAAACUUGGCUUGGAUAUUUCCA